AUGGCAGCGUACCAGAGCAUGACGACGCCCAACGACGCCAAGAACUACGUCAACGACGUGGGCCAGAUCCAGUGGGGUGCCAUCCCGCUCAACGCUGCCCUCGACAAGCUCAAGGCGACCCGUGAGGGUCUCUCGACCGCCGAGGCCGAGAAGCGCCUCAUCGAGCACGGACCCAACGCCUUGCCCAAGAACGAGGUCAACCGCCUCAAGGUCUUCCUCGGCUUCAUGUGGAACCCGCUCUCGUGGGCCAUGGAGGUCGCUGCCAUCUUGUCGAUCGUCUUGCUCGACUUCCCGGAUUUUGGCCUUAUUCUCGCGCUUCUGCUCUUGAACGCGUGCAUCGGCUACUUUGAGGAGAUGCAGGCUGGCGACGCUGUCGCUGCGCUCAUGGGUCAGCUUGCGCCCGAGUGCAAGGUCUUUCGCGAUGGUGCCAUGAUCAACAUCCCUGCCGACCAGCUCGUGCCCGGCGACGUGAUUCGCAUUCGUCUCGGUGAUGUGCUUCCGGCCGAUGUCAAGUUCCUUGAAGGUGAUCCGGUCAAGAUCGAUCAGUCGUCGCUCACGGGCGAGUCGCUGCCGGUUACCAAGAGCGAGGGUGACGAAGGCUACUCGGGCUCGAUCUGCAAGCAAGGUGAAAUCGAAGCUGUUGUCACGAGCACGGGUAUCCACACGUUCCUCGGUCGUGCUGCCGAGCAGAUUGCUGGCGUCGAGUCGCAGGGCCGCCUCCAGGAAGUGCUCACGACGGUCGGCAACUUUUGCAUGGUCUCUAUUGUUGUCUGGUGCAUCAUUGAGCUCGUCGUGCAAAUGGGUGCUCGCAAGGACGAGAACCCGUGCUUGAUCAUUACGGAUGGCUGCCUCGGUGUUGCCAACAUCCUCGUCUUGAUCGUCGGCGGUAUCCCGGUGGCCAUGCCCACGGUCUUGUCGGUCACGCUCGCCAUUGGUUCGUCGGCUCUCGCCAAGGAGAACGCCAUCGUCACGCGCCUCACCUCGAUCGAAGAGAUGGCGUCGAUGGAAGUGCUCUGCUCGGACAAGACGGGCACGCUCACGUUGAACAAGCUCUCGGUCGACCUCGACAACUUGAUCCCGUACAACGGUUACUCGACGGAUGAUAUCCUCCUCUUUGGUGCUCUUUCGGCUCGUAUCGAGAACAACGAGGCCAUCGACGUCGUGUGCCACAACACGUACCCUGGCCACGACACGAUGUGGCAGAAGUACACGCUCCUCCACUACACACCUUUUGACCCGACGACCAAGCGCACGAUCGCCAAGGUCAAGGACAACGCGACGGGCAAGAUCUUCCGCGCCUGCAAGGGUGCGCCGCAGGUGUGCUUGGACAUGGACGACAACGCCGAGUCGCUUCGCGCCGAAGUCGAGGGCCGCAUCAAUGAGUACGCCUCGCGCGGUUACCGUGGUCUUGGUGUCUCGUACUCGGAGGGCGAUGUCCCGAUGGAGGAAGCCACGUGGAAGCUUGUCGGUAUCCUCCCGCUCUUUGACCCGCCGCGCCACGAUACCGCCGACACGGUCAAGCGUGCCAUCGAGAUGGGUGUCGCUGUCAAGAUGGUCACGGGUGAUCACCGCGUCAUUGCCAUCGAGACGUGCCGCCAGCUCGGUAUGCCCACCAACAUUUUGGACACGUCGUUCUUCAACCAGGCGCCGCCGCCGGGUGUGAACCUCGCGCAGAUGGUGUACGAGACGGACGGCUUUGCCCAGGUCUUCCCCGAACACAAGUUUGAGAUUGUGCGCCAGCUCCAGUCGCUCGACAAGAUUGUCGGCAUGACGGGUGACGGUGUCAACGAUGCGCCGGCGCUUGCGCAGGCCAACAUUGGUAUUGCCGUCGAUGAUGCCACCGACGCUGCCCGUGCUGCUGCCGACAUUGUGCUCGUGUCGCCCGGUCUCUCGGUCAUCAUCACGGCCAUCCGCAUGUCGCGUGAGAUCUUCUUGCGCAUGAAGAACUACGCCAUGUACUCGAUCGCGAUGACGGUCCGUAUCGUCUUGACGUUUGGCUUGCUCACGGUGUGCUGGAACUGGUACUUCCCCACGAUCCUCGUUGUCGUCUUGGCCAUCUUGAACGACGGCACGAUCUUGACGAUCUCCAAGGACAAUGUGACGGCGUCGCGCACGCCCGACUCGUGGAAGCUCAAGCAGGUGUUCAUCUCGUCGAUCUGCUUUGGCAUCUGGCUCACGAUCUCGACGGUUGUCUUGGUCGGUGUCGCGUACAACACGUCGGCGUUCGAAGGCUUUAUCGACACGGAGAACCUCUGCGUGAGCUGCCUCAAGGACUCGUGCGACGCGUACUUCACGGAGAAGGUCCAGACGUGCACGAAGGACAACGACCCUGCUGCCUGUGGUGAACUUGAUGGUUCGGUGUACAGGCCGACGCUCACGGCUGCCAACCUCGAGUUGCUUCGCGUGAACCGCAAGGCCUUCGUCGAAGGGUACAAGGCCAAGUACAACGCUGAGUCCAAGAACUCGGACUGGACCAAGCUUUUCGAGAACCUCAAGGGCAGCCACAUCAACGACCUCGGCUACGAGCCGUCUGCCGACGAGGUGUACACCAAGUUUGUCAAGCAGUACACGGCCGAAGAAGCCGAGCUCACUGCUGCGAAGAACGGCGACGGUGUCGCGUUUGUCGGUCGCGGCUACAUCCCGUUGACCAACGGCGUGAGCUUCUGCGACUUUGUGUGGGACUACUCCAACUUCAACACCAAGUACACCAAGGGCAACAAGGCCAUCGGCCCCGGCAUGCAGAAGAAGGACGGUAUCCUCCGCUCGCUGGUCUACACGCAGGUGUCGAUCUCGGGCCAGGCGCUCAUCUUCGUCACGCGCACGGCCGGUAUCAACACGUGGUUCUUUGCCGAGAAGCCGUGCAACCUCCUCCUCAUCGCGUUUGUCUUUGCCCAGGUCGUGGCGUCGGUCAUCGGUUACUACGGCUUCAACGGGUACCCGUCGGACCGUAUCGCUGUGUUUGGCUGCGGCGGCGGCUACCUCGUGAUUGCUUGGUUGUGGUCGAUCGUGUGGCACUUCCCGCUCGACUUGAUCAAGUUUGCGGUCAACUACGUCCUCAACGCCAACACGUACGCGUCGACGGCCUUUGACUCGCGCAUCAACGCCGGCCACCCGUCCAUGUCGCACGCGCGUGUGACGCAGCACGCCCGCUCGGUCCGCGCCUCGCGCACGGUCGCGUAA